UUAUUAUUGAAUCACUUGCAAACCCCCACCGGCCACCACCUCUCUGAUCUCAAAAUUUCUAUUAAAAUUUAUUGGCGUCAAAGUUUAAAACUUGCAAACUUCCUCCACCGCUGCCGUUCUCUCUCUGCAGGGAAGCGAAAAGAAGAAGACGAAGGGGAAAAGAAAAUUCUGAUUCUCGAACUCUCUUCAAAAUUUCGCAGCCAUGAAUAUUUUCAGAUUUGCCGGUGAUAUGACGCAUUUGAUCAGUAUCUUAGUACUCCUCCUUAAAAUCUAUGCCACCAAAUCAUGCUCAGGGAUUUCCUUGAAGACGCAAGAAUUGUAUGCAUUUGUGUUCCUGGCUCGGUACCUUGAUUUGUUUUCCGACUUCAUAUCAGUUUAUAACACUGUAAUGAAACUGGUCUUCAUUGGGAGCUCCUUGGCAAUUGUAUGGUGCAUGAGAUUUCACCGAGUUGUCAAGCGGUCCUAUGAUCGUGAGUUGGACACGUUUAGGCAUUAUAUUCUUGUGGGAAUUAGUUUUCUCUUGGCCCUACUUGUUCAUGAGAAGUUCUCGUUUCAGGAGAUAUUUUGGGCGUUCUCAAUAUACUUGGAGGCGGUUGCAAUUCUGCCACAGUUGGUCCUUUUGCAAAGAAGUGGAAAUGUGGACAAUCUGACUGGUCAAUAUGUUUUCUUUCUCGGGGCCUAUCGAGCCUUCUACAUCCUGAACUGGAUAUACCGCUAUUUCACUGAGGAGCAUUUUAGUCGAUGGAUCUCCUGCGUCUCUGGGCUUGUCCAAACUGCCCUUUAUGCAGACUUCUUCUAUUAUUACUUUAUCAGCUGGAAAGAUAAUGCGAAACUGAAGUUGCCAGCUUGAUGUAAACGAGAUAGAGUGAUAGAUAGAGUUGACAGAAUCUGCAGUUGUAUGCUUGUGGCACCUUCUGUCUCCGCAGCACGUCCCCUCACUUUUUAACUGAUUAAAGUUUUUUGAUAGAGUUGAGGUGACUAUCUGAUAUUUAGGAGGGGAAAUUUGUUCCCAGUUUACUCGUGCGUUUUGACAUACCCGGAAAAAAGAAAAAAAGAGAGGGAAAAUCCUUGUCCAAAUUAUUUAGUACAUGUAUAAAAUUUUGAAGGAAAUUUAAUGUGCACGGUUUGUAACUCAUGUAAUUUGUUUGUAAGUAUGGAUAGUGAUUUCCUAUAGCA